GUUUGCUGUAGUACUAAGUAGCCUUGGCCUAGGUCCUAGCCUAGUUAGUAGGCUGCAGUCAGGCAAAUGGCGGAGGAAGUUGAGCGUGAUGAUUUCUGGCAUAAUUUAGAUAAACUACACGAAGAAAAUAUACUUCAUGAACGAAUAACUGUUCUAAGCAAAGAAAACGAGAAACAAGCAGAUGAUUCAGAUAAAGAGGGCUCUUCAUUACGUCAAAGAAAUGAAGUGCUGAGAAAAUUAGAAGUUGUUAUGGAGAAAGUUAUUGAAAGUUUACGACAGUGGGAAGCGCCUGUAAUUGAGCUUGGUAAUCGUACAAGCUGGCAAAAUGUAAGAAAUGAAGUGCUGAGAAAAUUAGAAGUUGUUAUGGAGAAAGUUAUUGAAAGUUUACGACAGUGGGAAGCGCCUGUAAUUGAGCUUGGUAAUCGUACAAGCUGGCAAAAUGUAAGUUUUUCAGCUGAUGUAGGACUCAAGUUGAACAAGGGAACAAAUGUUUGUGAAUUAAGAUUUGAUGCAAUUAAGUCAACUAAUAGGUUUGCUGUCACGUUAAGUCUGAUGUCUGAAUGCUAUAAGCUAGUACAAAGCAAUACAUUCUCAACUAAACGGGACAUCUAUUACAAUGAUCCUCAAUUAUAUGGAAGUCAGUCAGUAGUGGAUCAGCUAGCUGACAGCAUUGCUUGUAUGUUGUCUGUUCCACGGCAUCAUCUACACUUGUUGGCAACAUCUAAAGGAUGUCUAGCUGGGGAUCUAAGCUUCAUUGAAGUCGAUGGUAACUGCAUCAACUGCUCAACAUCUACAACUGGAAUUCUUGUGCCCUCACAUGUAGAAGGCCUCACUAAUAUUCGUUCAGAUGCAAAGUUUAUUUUAAUCAUUGAGAAGGAUGCAACGUUUCAAAAGCUUCUAGAUGAUGGUUUACUGGACAGAAUCCAGCAUUGUAUAAUCAUUACAGGUAAAGGCUUUCCAGACAUCAACACUAGGAUGAUGGUCAAGAGGUUAUGGGAUUCCUUACAUCUUCCUAUUUUUGGUCUAGUUGAUGCCGAUCCACAUGGUAUUGAAAUACUUUGUGUCUACAAAUUUGGAUCCAAGUCAUAUUCAUUUGAUUCACACAACCUCACGGUCCCCAGUAUACGAUGGUUAGGGGUUCUCCCUUCGGACGUGAAACGUCUUCAGAUACCUAAGGACAGCUUAAUUCCCCUCACCAAAGCAGACAUGGAUAAAGCUAGUGAACUAAUCAAGAGGCCUUACUAUACACAGAUCCCAAAAUGGAUGAAGGAGUUUAAUAUAAGAGGUGGAAAACAAAGAUUCUUCUUUUCGUUGGAGUCCUAA